AUGACCAGUGAACAAAUCGACCUGUCGACGACACCAGGCAUGCAACCGCCGGGAGACCAGGAGUCGCAAUUCGAUGGUCCGUACAACUCGGUGCAGAUGGCCAAUGUGAUUGCUUUUGGCCUCACAUAUUUCUUGGCCACGGUUGUUCUUGGCCUCCGGUAUUUCCAGGCUGUGAAGCUCAUCAAGAAAGUUGAGAUGGACCUUGUGAUUAUCACGAUAUCCUACGGCUUGUCACUCACCUACUUCAUCACGUUGAUAAAUCUGAUGAAUUGGGGCUGGGGGAAACACCUCUGGGAUACCUUGCUGCCCAACACGCUGGCGUACUUGAUAUGCCCUUCCGUCACCAAGCUAGCCAUUCUGGCUGUGUUGUAUCAGAUCAACCCUUCCAUCGCCUACCGCAUCGUUGUCGUCCUCGUCGCCGUCGCCAUCUUCACAUACACCAUGGCAUGCUGCGUCAUCACGGGCGGCCCGUGCAAUCCCCUCAAGGAGGGCGCCCUUCAGUGCCUGGAAAACGUCGCGCUUUCGCAUGCGGUGUUGAACAUUGCAUCUGAUUUUGCAGUGAUCGCCAUCCCGAUACCGACAGUUCACAAGCUCCAGCUUUUGCUGAAGCAGAAAAUCUCGAUUGGGUGUAUCCUGGCCAUCGGAUCACUCGUAGUCGUGUGCUCCAUAGCCCGCCUGCCAUAUGCCGUGGUCCUCCCUCGCACCGAGGACUCAACGUAUACGCAGGCCAUCCUUGGCAUCUGGUCCAUUGCCGAGAUCAACCUCGGCAUUAUAUGCGCCUGUGCCAUGCGAUUCAAGUCGCUGAUCCGGACCUACCUUCCCCAGCUUCAGAUCUUCAGCUCCAGCUCGCAGGGCGGGAAGAAACAGUCCAAGGGGCCGUCGACGAAAGGAUUGCGGAUGGACCAAACAGACGCGCAGGAUUCAUGCUCAUACCAACUCCACAGCUUUCAAAAAAGGAGGACGAGUCUGAUACCUCGUGACAAGGACGCCAAGUAUCAAUCGUACAAAAUGGAUAAGGGCGGCAGGAGUGUCGACGGUGACAGCGCUGACGAGAUUUUGGCUUGA